AUGUACCUGACAGAUCUUGUCCAUCAUGUAGCUACGAAUUCCGAGGUUCUUCCCGUGCAUGCUCCUCAAAACGAUUUCGGAUGUGAGCAAAAGACCAAACAGUAUCCUCGGCCCAACUUCUGCUGGGAAGCAUACAAGAUGCACCUUGCGAUGAUUGGCCCCAGCUCCACCUGCAAGAAGCAGUUCCUGGACUUCAUGCCCCGGAUAGCGCACAUCUUCAAAGGCACCUCCACCAAGCUGGCUCCUGGUCGAGAGGCAAUUCCAUACCACUUCCUUGACAGUGACUUGAACAGGGUAGUACUGUGGGACCUGCCAGAGAUCAUGUUCAAGCAGAAGGCGGAGGAUUAUGUCCGUGAGCUCGGUCUUCUCUACAUCGACUGCGUCUUCAUGUUGUUCUCUGAGAAGUACGUCCUCACAGACAUUUACUGCAAGUGCGGCUCCAAGAUGGCUUUGCACGGAAUUCCCUUCUUCGUCUUGUGCACACAAAGCGAAGAGGGCAUGGAUGAAAAAGCGGUUCGAAGGCUUCAAAGCUCUUUUCAAGCCCAGAGCGUCCAGGUCCGAAUGUUCAACCCUGCCAAGCCGCAUGAAACUUUGGAGCCCCUGAUCAACGAUUUCUUCAAGGAGGUGACCUGGAACAGAAGCAAAGGCGCCAACAGUGACAGAGUAAAGAACGCAAGUGAAACAGUACUUGGCCAAACGGUCAGAAUCAAGAACUUGGAGAAGAAAGCAGAACUGAAUGGCAGGUGUGGCGUUUGUAUCGGCUAUGAGAAGGAGCAAGAUCGAUAUAUUGUGCGCCUGAUCAUGGCCGGCGUGGAGACGGAUGUGGCGUUGAGGGAUCAAAACUUCAGCGUGUUGAAGCCAAAGCUGCGUGGUUCCCUCGUGCAGCUGAAAGGGCUGCAAUCGAAGCCUGAGUUGAACGGCCGCUAUGGCUUUGUAGAUGAAUUCCUUCGGGAGAACGAACGGUACCGCGUUUUCUUGCCUGUUGCCUGGCAUGUCUUAGCAUCAAGCUUUCAAGCACAAGACGCGGUGGGGAGAUGGAGCCGAGAAGUGCAGCUGCCAUCAAAUGCUUGGCCAGAAGUAUCUCAUCUGAGGAUUCACCAGGGGUUGCCCUGA